AAUUUGAAAAUUUUUUCCGAAAAUCCAAUUCACUAUCGAAAAGAAUUUUCCCGGAUGAUAUGAAUUUAAAAAUGAAUCAUCGUCAUAUGAAAUCAACUAGUCAUCAAUUGUAUAAAAAGAAAAAAUCACGAUCAAUGAUUUUGAAUCAAAUUGAUCAUCAUCAUCAUCAUCAUCAUCGUCAUUGUCAACAUCAUCAUGAUAAUGGUGGCUUCACUACUGGCAGUGGUGAUAAUGAUCUAACAAAUCUGAAUUGGUUACAAGAUGUUAAUCUUGUCAAAAAAGUUUAUUCCACAAUAAAUUUUCAACAACAAGAUUCAAAAAUGAUGAUGAUUUGUAAUCAAAGUCAAAAUGAAAUUUUCACUGAUAAAGCAGAUGAAAAUGAAACAAAAUGUUAAUUAAUGAUCGACCAACUUUGAAUUAUAUGGAUGAUGACAAUGAAAUCAAUCAUAUAAAUCAUCAUAUCCAUAAUCGGAAUACAAACAAACAACAUGAUGCUAGUCAAGGUAAUGAUGUAAAACCACCAUAUUCAUAUAGUAUGCUCAUAUUUAUGGCCAUUGAAUCAUCACCAACACGUUCAAUGAUGGUUAGAGAUAUUUAUAAAUGGAUCAUUAAUCAAUAUCCAUUCUUUUUGACAGCUCGAUCAGGCUGGAAAAAUACUAUUCGUCAUACGCUAAGUUUACGAAAAUGUUUUAAAAAAAUUAAUAAUCAUCAUCAUAAAGAUUCAGAUUUAAAAGGUGGAUAUUGGUAUGUUGAUCCAGAAUAUCGUUCCAUUCUGUUGCAACAAGCACAACUUAUCGGAAAAAAUGUAUUGCAAUCAUCAUCGUCAUCAUCAUCAUCAUCGUCGUCGUCAUCAUCGUCGUUGUCACCAAAAUUAAAGUCUAAAAUUUUGAAAGAAAAAUUUGAUAAAAAUAUUGGCAAAGAUCUAAGACGAAAAAAGAAUUUAUCAACCAUUAUAAAUCAAUCGCCAUCACCGAAUUAUAAUCAAAAACAAUUAUAUUCUACAACAACAACAAGAAAAAAUGCCCGUCCUGUAAAGAUGAAUUCAAAUUAUUUUGUUUAUAAUCCAAAUUUUAUACGUAUCGAUAAUAUGACGGGAAAUAUUUAUCGAAAUUUAAUUUCAAUUAUUAGUGUUAAUCAAUCGCCAAAACUUUAUGCACCAGUGCCAAUACCAACGAUUAUAACUAAUCAGAAUAAUAAUAAUAAUCGUAACCUAUCAACGACGACAGCAUUAUUGUCAUCAACCAACAUUAUGGACAAACAACAACGAGGUAAACAUUAUUAUUUCAAUUUAUUAAAAGACAAACUGGUGUUUCAUUCAACAACAACAACAACAGCAACGCACAAGCUACCGUGGAGAAUAACAAUAAUAAUAACAGCAUACAACAAUGUACAAUGA